CCCUUGCUCCAGGCUGAGACGCCAAGCCAAAAGCCGAUCCCAUCAGCAGAGCGGAGCAGAGACUCGGAAGGCUCCUGAGGUGACUGCCUGCUCCCUUUCGAACCGGCCGCUUUGCCACCCGUGCUCCCAGCCAUGGCCAGAAACCAGCAGGUGCAGAAAGCCAAGCUGGCCGAGCAGGCGGAGCGCUAUGAGAACAUGGCAGAUUUCAUGAAGGCCGUGGUGGAGCACGGGGACGAGCUCUCCAACGAGGAGCGCAACCUCCUCUCGGUGGCCUACAAGAACGUGGUGGGGUGCCAGCGCUCUGCCUGGCGGGUCAUCUCCAGCAUCGAGCACAAGACUGAGGAGGGCGACGAGAAAACGCCGCUGGUGAGCGAGUACCGCGAGAAGGUGGAGGGGGAGCUGAAGGACGUCUGCAAUGUCGUUCUGGGGCUGCUGGACAAGCAUCUCAUUAAGAAAGCCAGUGACCCAGAGAGCAAGGUCUUCUACCUGAAGAUGAAGGGAGACUACUACCGCUACCUGGCCGAGGUAGCCACCGGGGAUGACCGCAAGGAGACCAUAGAAAACGCCCAGAAAGCUUACCAGGAAGCAAUGGACAUCAGCAAGAAGGAGAUGCAGCCCACCAACCCCAUCCGCCUUGGGCUCGCCCUUAACUUCUCCGUCUUCCACUACGAGAUCGCCAACGCCCCGGAGCAGGCCAUCACGCUGGCUAAAACCACGUUCGACGAAGCCAUGGGCGACCUGCACACGCUCAGUGAAGACUCGUACAAGGACAGCACCCUCAUCAUGCAGCUGCUCAGGGACAACCUUACGCUAUGGACGGCGGAGUGCGCGGGAGAAGACGGCGGAGAAGCCGGUGGAGAAGCCGGGGAAGAGCCUAAGAACUGAACUGCAGCCCCCUGAGCGACGGUCGCUUUUCCCACCCCUCCCCCUUUUGUGUAAGACGCCGCUCGGCUCCCGACAGCUCUGCCUGGAGUCCGACAGCAAAGGGGACUGGCUGGUCUUC